GGUGAGUCUUAAGUGUGCACAUAAAUAGAGUAUACCCCCGGGUACCACCUGGGCGUGGUGACCUCAUGUUUCCCACAUGUUCAUGCCCACCCUUUACUACUAGUAGCACGGGGCCCAAAUUAUAACCCUCAGCCCACUGGCAGCCAAUUACCCUCAUUGGGGGGAUGAGAGGCCUGGGACUGCGAUACCCCAUCAGUCUCGUUAUCAUCGUCUUCUUCUCGCUCCUUGCUACUUCCAUUGUGUUCGAGCACCACGAUGUGUUGGUUAGAGUGACGAACAAACACAUUCGGCUCCCAUCUCGGCCCUCUAUCCUGACCGUAUUCAUCGUUCUCGGCCCCAGGAGGAGGACAAGCGCAAGCGCCAUGGGAGAGAAUACUGAGCAACCCAUACGCUCUUCCUCCGAUUCUGUUUUGUGUGGCAAUUUCGUGGGGUGAGAUGGUUUG